AUGAGGCUAGCAGAAGAGAUCCUGACUUCUGUCAAAGAGCAAGAAGCCAUCAGGAAGCUCAUGGUUUUCUUGCAUGAAUGGGAUGGUGCCCACAAAGUUGCUCAAAGCUGCAUCCUGGACAGUUUCAUUAAAAGCAAGGCAGAACAAGAGCUGGAGCUGGAGUUCUCCCAGGGAGCCAGCUUGUUCCUGGCUCACCUAACAGCAUGGCUCAGGAUGGCAUAUCUGUUUCCUCAGACAGCUGGAGGUGCUGUGUGGUACCACAGAUACCUUAAUGAAUUUCUGGAGAUCGGAGGUGCCUCAAUUCCCCUGGAAAUACCGGGGCUGUACCACCUGAAAGAAGAGGACAAAAGGGAGUCUGUAAAGCUGCUGCCACUCACUGCAGAUGCUGAGGUACCAAACCUUGCCAAGUUCUUGGCCUCUUCCAACAAAGCAGAGGGUCAAGAAGACACACAGGUUCUGCUGGACUCUUCAGGCCAUGGCAGUCCCAAGUACCAGAACCAGGUCUGCCUUGUACCUGUGCUGCUCUGUACC